GUGAGCAGUAAAGAGAGAUUGGUAUUACGGGGAGAGCGGGUUAGAGAGAGAAAGGGGGCUAGAGAGAGAAAAUGGGGAAGCCAUUAGGGAGCACGGGAGAGUUUUUCAGGAGGAGAGAUGAGUGGAGGAAGCAUCCCAUGCUCGGCAACCAGCUGCGCCAUGCGACACCUGGCCUCGGCAUUGCCAUUGUCGCCUUCACCAUUUACUGUGUUGGUGAAGCUGCCUACAAUCGCUUCUCCUCUUCUUCUUCUUCUUCCUCUUCUUCUCACUCCCAUUCACACUAGAAUGCUCGUGUCUAUGGAAGCAGGAUGUGGCAACUUUGCGUAGGAUGUUUGCAUAGAGUGCUGGAGGUUUGGAGCGAGUGCCAUACUCGUAGUUUGAGGUUUACAGAACUUGAAUAAUUAUGAGACUCUUAAAUGUUAAACUUUACUAGUCUAUCCUUGUUUUGGAUCAAAGACUCCUCUUGAAUAUUGUACAAUAGUCCUUUAUAUAUAUAUUGACAGGCACUAUAUAUGAAGAUUUGGUUAUCAUGUU